CAGAGCCCAAAGCACAUGUGGCGUCGAAAGAAUUCGAAGCCGCCACCAUGCCAGGCCACCCCUGACAUCUACUUUGUCCUGGAUAAGUCUGACCGCAUGUCACGCGCCUGGCCACACGUUAACAAGUUUGUGGAGGAUAUGGUAAAGAGGUUGUCAAACCAGGAUCUGCGGGUGUCCAUCAUCACCUACUCCUGUAAGGGCAACGUCAUCCUACCCCUCACUGGAGACAGAGAAGAAAUCCUUAAGGGUAUUGACAGAUUGAAGUAUAGCAUACCGGCAGGACACGAACACCUUUACCGAGGACUGCGGAAGGCACAUAGGCAGAUAAGAAAGACAUACUCAGGAGGUGUCUAUCGUCCCAGCAUGAUCAUCUCCCUGCUCAACAGCCCUCUGAACGAUGAGGCCUAUCAGUAUUCAGUGGAGGAGGCUGACAAAGCUCGGAAUAUGGGAGCGUCUGUUUACAGUGUGGGUGUGGGCAGCUCUAAGAAAGAUCAGAUAGAAGGAGUUGCAGACAAACCAGAAAAUGCAUUUGCAAAUACGAAAGCCGAACAUCUGAAGGACCUCAUUUUCCCACUAGCUUCCAAGGCCUGUCCAUCCCUUAAGUCUUUAGAUACACAGAUUAUAUGUAUAAGAGAAUCAAACCCAGUGGUAGUUCGUGGAUAUGGCUUUGACUUUGUCAUGCGUCAAGAAGAGGUUAUUUGCAGGUUCUAUUUCAGUGACAUUGAUAUGAGUUUCAAAGAUGUAAAAGCCUUCAAUCUAACCAAGACUACAGUUACUUGUCCUGGACCGAUUAUAGAGGAACCAGGAAAAGUGAUCCAUGUUCUACUCAGCCUGGACAAUGGAAAAAACUUCCUGAAGAAAAAUUUAUUCGUUGCCAGCAAGCUAUGUGGAAAAUCCUACACUACAGUGGAAGCCACCACAACCACUAGGAGACUCACAACUACAACAACAAGUACGACCACCACCACAACUACAAUGAUCCCACCUACCACGACAACUCUACCGUCAACCGCUGAAAGCCCCACCACCCUGAUGGUCACAGAGGAACUGAAGCCAAGCAUUGAUAGAUUCAUUUUUGCCCCUAUACUUUUGGCCCUGUUGCUGACUGUGUUACUGAUCGGCUGUUUCUGGCAGUUGUGUUGCCUUCCGCCUGCCGAGGAGCUGCCCCCACCUAAGCCCCAACCCCAGCCCAAAAAGAAGAAACAGCCCCCUCCUCCAGUGUCUCCUCCAGCACCACCUGUAAACCCACCCCCCAUUGUGAUCAUCUGCUGCUGUACCUGUGGUAGUCUGUAUGUGAGCAGAGAUGUGGAGGGCAAUGUGACUGUGUGCAACUUCAACCCCCAAAGCUGCCACCAGUUGCCACUGAUGUGGCCUCAGACUGAUGACCAGGGGCGGUGCACCAACUUUGCCCUCCUGAAGGCCAUCUGUGCUCAGGACGCCUGUGGCCCCAAGGCCAUCCUGCCACCCAGCCAUGAGUGCCUGCCUUCAGCCUCCUGCUCCCAGUGCAGCCAGUUCCCAGGCAGCUGCUCCAGGCUUCCGUCCAGGUUGCAGUUGCUCACCCCCUCUUUCCAGAGUCCCACGGUCACUCCAGCCCAGUGA